AUGAAAACAAUUUAUUACAAAUCCAAUGGAAAGAAAGGCCUCAAACUUCACUGCGAGGAUGCCAAACACCAGAAAAACACUCAAGUUGUGAAAACGGGGAAUGAGGUUGUAGAGCAAUGCUUCCACAUUGCCACACAAUUCUGGUUACCACCGUCAUCGUUCCUUGUGCGGGCCGGAGCACUUUAUCUCCUCUAUGGACUGUAUCAUUAUCAGCUGGUUCUGCCAAAAGUAAAGGUCAGUCUUAAACAGAGAGGAAGUGACGACAACAAAAUCAUUCCAGACAGUAUGAAAGAAGAAACCAGUAUGCUGGAUGAAAUAUUCUCUAGCUCCUCUUUAAACCAACUUUCAUUGGUACAUGAUCAGUACCAGAAGAUGAAGUUGGCCAUUCAUGGGGAGGAUGCUGCUGAGCCAGAUACCUCACUCAAUAUUGUACACUCUGACCUUAUUACUGGUAUCUAUAAAACUCUUCAGACCCACAGAGUUAGACAGGCUGGUCUCAAAAAUAAAGAAAAGAACAUAGAGAGUACAGAAGAUGAAGAAGAAAUUUUGACUGCAGAAUCUCAGUCAGUGAAAAAGAAGUUGAAACAAAAAGCUUUUGAGCAAAGUACUGGUGGGUACAGAGAACUUCCUGGCAGAGGUGAAAAACGCAAGAGUGAAGGUAGACAGGAUAUUAGAUAUUGAGGUUUUAUAUAUAUAAUAC